CUUGCAUUGGUUGCAAAGGAUAGGAGGGAGGAUUGAGAGCGGCGCUCUGGUGGCAUCUUUUCAUCUGCAGCACGAGGUGUUGAACUUGAAGUCCUGCUCUGUUGUACGCCUGUUAUUGGAGCGUCGGCGUCAAGCCCAUUGUCAAGCGUGUAGGAUGGUUCGACCGGCGAAAUAGUCUGACAGCAUUGACGUGCUGGAUUGUUGAAGUUUUCUGCUUGUGCCCUAUAGCUGCGGCUCUUCCAGCGGUGACUGCAGCCUUAAACUUUGAAAGGAAGCAGCAUAAGAUGACUUCCAUCCAAGACCUGCCAUCUGGGUGCCUGGGGCUUGUUUUCGGCGCUUUGGAAAGCUGGAAAGAUAGAAACGCAUGCUCUGAGGUGUGUCAGAGUUGGAAGCUCGUGGAUAAUCAGACGCGCACCGAUUUUGCAAUCAGUCUGAGCCGCUAUCACAAGCCGCCCCCCACACCAGCAGUCUUGGCAUGGGUCUUCCAACGAUUUCAGAACCUGAGGUGUUUGGGUUUAGCGUACAUGGACUUGUCUGCAGAGUAUCUGACGGUUCUUGCGUCUGGUUGUCAGAAUAUCUCGGAGCUCCGUAUGAGGAUGUGCAAAGGCAACGGACUAGACUCCGCUGGGUUGCACCUGCCGGUUUUGACGAGCCUCCACUUGACAAGACUUCCUGAUCUUACGGACGCCGGUUUGAUCAACCUGACUCAGAGCUCGAGGGCGCUGAAGGAGAUAUAUGUGGAAGGGUGUGCUCUCUUGACCGAUAAGGGCUUCUCAGCAUUCAAAACGCAAUGCCCCGCCCUCGAAAGCCUUACUCUGGACCGUAUAUACAACGUCGCAGGCGAUGGAAUCGCAGACGGUUGUCCAAGUUUGACGCACCUCCGGUGUUCUUCCGCAAAAAUUGACGCUGGCGGCCUGCAAGCGAUAUGCAGGCGGUGUCCUGGGCUGACCAGUUUAAGCCUGCAGACGUCAGCAUUGCACCUGUCUGCGGACUAUGAAGCAAUUGGUUGCUGCACUAAGCUUCAGGAUCUUGAGCUACACCAGCCUCUUGCAUUACGGGAUACUGCAGUAGCUGUUAUAGUAAACAGUUGCAAGGAGUUGCGGUCGCUCCAGUUGCCAAACUGGGAUACACAAAAUCUGUCAGGUGUGUCCCUCCCAGGUCAUAGCAAGUUGACCUUUCUAAACCUCGAUUCUUGUGUUGGACUGACGAUUCAACAACUUCAGGACUUCGUGAAAGUUCUGUUUCCGUCACUGCAACAAUUGGGGAUACGGAACAUGAAGGCAGUGGAUUGGGAAGUGGACGAUAUCAAGGACUAUUUACAGGCUCUGAAGCCCUCGCUGCAAGUAAUCGGAUCAACCAGUAGAGAUGUUCCCCAUACGCUAAGCAUACUCUGACAAGGAGUGGUGAAACCAUGGACAAAAUCAGCGGUGAGGAACUUAGCUGCCGAAAACGGACAAACAUUCACGACAAUUGACCAUGAAUUUCAAGUGCGAUUAGGCAGCUGUUCCUAGAGAUCGUAUGGCAUCAAGGUUUCUCAUGGCUUGCGGUGCCAGCCU